UUCACCUGACACGGUGAUCUACGACUCACCACUACCACCACCAUCACCACCACCACCACUUGGACAUCUUCCGCUCCACCUCCCUCUCCCCAUCCCGAAUCUGUCCCUGCCUGGCCAUGUCUCUCGCGCGCUCGGUACACAGAGCCGCCACUCGCCAUGGGGCAAGUCUACCAAUGACGAAGUCGACAGCGCCAGCGACAGCGACGGCGACAGCGAUCCGCGGGUUCGCAGCAGCGGCAUCCAGAGGCAAGGAGCUCGCCGGCCAAAUUGGUGACCUCAAGAACAUGCGUCACAGCCCACGAAAUGCGCCCGAAAAGCUGCAUGUUCCUAUUGUCAAUCCUGCCGACAAAUACCAAGCCAAGGCCGACAGCCUGCACGCCUAUGGCCAGUACCUCAUGUCGUGUCUGCCCAAGUAUAUUCAGCAGUUCUCGGUGUGGAAGGACGAACUCACCAUCUAUAUUCCGCCCGCCGGCGUCAUACCCACCUUCAGCUUUCUUAAGCACCAUACGGCCGCCGAGUUCACCUGCGUUGCCGACAUCACCGCCGUCGACUACCCCACUCGCGACCAGCGCUUCGAGAUUGUUUACAACAUGCUCUCUGUCCGCCACAACUCGCGCAUCCGCGUCAAGACGUACGCCGACGAGGCUACUCCGGUGCCCUCGAUCACGAGCCUGUACGAUGGCGCCAACUGGUACGAGCGCGAAGUGUACGAUCUGUUCGGCGUCUUCUUUGUCGACCACCCGGAUCUGCGGCGCAUUCUGACCGAUUAUGGCUUCGACGGCCACCCGUUGCGCAAGGACUUUCCUCUGACGGGAUACACGGAGAUCAGAUACGAUGAGGAGAAGAAACGGAUUGUGGUGGAGCCUCUCGAGUUGACGCAAGCAUUCCGCAACUUUGAGGGUGGCUCUGCAGCAUGGGAGCAGGUUGGACCGGGACAUGAGCGGAAACCAGAGACGUUCACUUUGCCCACGCCCAAGCCGGAACCGCCCAAAGAGGAGGAAAAGAAGAAGUGAGGCUGGGCAUGGAUCGUUCGAUAAGAGCGGCUGUAGCAAUACUUCUGUACAUACCCUAUCAGACUUGUCAAAUGCCGUCCCAUUACCAUUGCUGC